CGCAGUACGGACGAGGUGCAAAUCAGCAGCCACAACGAAUAAGCGAGACAAAAGGCAAACGAAAAUCAGGACUGCCUAAAUAUCGUUUGUGUGGUUGUUUGUAUGUUUGAACCGGAAGAAUUGUAGAACACCACUUAGCUGCGGGCAAGAAACCCGAUAAGCUGUAAACAAAAGGUGAAACGACAAACAAUAACAGACGCACAAAACAAGAAGAAGAAUAAUAAAAAGAGAAGCGACGCCCACACUGGACGCUUGAGGGCAACAAGUUCCUAUCGAAAGAGCGACGAGCGUCAAUCAUGUCGUCCUUGAUGCGUCUGCACUUGGCGCUUGUGCUCGGCGUCCUUGUGCUCGGCCUGACGUGUGUUCAGGUGAGCGGGGAGCUGUACACAGCGCUGGCGGAGAUGGAGGAACUGCUUGAGACUGAAUCCGUAUUGAUAAGCAAUUUAGAGGGCUACCUACGCGUGCAGGAGGAUAAGCUUACCUAUCUCAAAAACAAAAUGGACGAAUACCAAAGAGAGCAUGCGGAUGCUGCCAGCGAUAUAACCGCCUACGUAUCGAAUCCCAUAAAUGCUUAUCUGCUGACCAAGCGUUUGACCACCGAUUGGCGGCAAGUGGAGAAUCUGAUGCAGCACGAUGUGGGAACGGAUUUUGUGCAGAAUCUAACCCAAUAUCGCUAUGUCUUAAAGUUUCCCUCGGACGAGGAUCUAAAUGGGGCGGCGGUGGCGCUAUUGCGCCUGCAGGACACUUACCAGCUGGACACGUCCAGUGUGGCACGUGGCAAGCUCAAUGGCAUCCAGUACAGCACGGAAAUGUCAUCGGACGAUUGCUUUGAGCUGGGUCGGCAAUCGUAUGUUAAUCGCGACUACUAUCACACGGUGCUCUGGAUGAAUGAGGCCAUGUCCCGCAUGUUGCAGGAGCAACACAAUCAGACUCAAAGUUUUACCCGUGCCGAUGUGCUGGAGUACCUCGCCUUCUCCACCUACAAGGAGGGCAACGUGGAGAGCGCACUGACCAUGACAAAUGAGCUGCUGCAAUUGCUGCCGGACCACGAACGGGCCAAUGGCAACAAGAAAUUCUACGAGAAGGAAAUUGCCCAUCAGAUGGAGAUGGGUAAGAUGAAGGGUGACGAUGGCUCCGACGAAAUGCCCGUUUCUGAUCUGCACGUGACCAAAACCGAUCCCGGCGUCUUUGACCUGACCGAACGCACGGCCUACGAAAUGCUGUGUCGAGGUGAGCUGAAACCGUCGCCGGCUGAGAUCCGUCCACUGCGUUGUCGCUAUGUUAACAACAAUGUUGACUUCUUGCGCCUUGCGCCGCUUAAGCUGGAGGAGGCUUUCAUGGAUCCGUACAUUGUGAUCUAUCACGACGCCAUGUACGACAGCGAGAUUGAGGUGCUCAAACGCAUGGCGCGUCCCCGUUUCCGUCGCGCCACCGUUCAGAAUUCCGUGACUGGAGCCUUGGAAACGGCCAACUAUCGCAUCAGCAAGUCCGCCUGGCUGAAGACACCAGAGCAUGAAAUUAUUGGCACUGUGGUGCAGCGCACCGCCGAUAUGACUGGUCUCGACAUGGACUCCGCAGAAGAGCUGCAAGUGGUCAACUAUGGCAUUGGUGGUCAUUAUGAGCCACACUUUGACUUUGCACGGCGUGAGGAAAAACUUGCCUUUGAGGGUCUCAAUCUUGGCAAUCGCAUCGCCACCAUGCUAUUCUAUAUGAGUGACGUGCAGCAAGGUGGCGCCACAGUCUUCACCUCGUUGCGUACGGCUCUGUGGCCCAAAAAGGGUACGGCGGCAUUUUGGAUGAAUCUGCAUCGGUCUGGGGAGGGAGAUGCGCGAACGCGGCAUGCAGCGUGUCCAGUGCUCACAGGGAGCAAAUGGGUUUCCAACAAAUGGAUACACGAGCGCGGUCAGGAGUUCAGAAGGCCCUGCGCUUUGGAAGAGGAUCACGGUGAUUUUGCCAUCUAGGAGAAUGCCCAAUCUGGCUGGAAUCUCAUUUGUCAGCUGCCCAAUGUGCUUACUACAACUUCUACUUACUUCUGAGUGCUUGCGAGCCGGAAAUCACAAUUCUGUUCCUAUUGUAAAUACUCUACCACAGCACCAAAAAAAAAAAUAAACAUGGAGUAGCGGCUGCUGGCACACCACACAUUUACUUUCAACUGCAUGCCAUGACUUGGCAUUACUUUUAUUUUAGGCAUGCUAUUAUUGAAUUUAUAAAUUUUUGUACAAUAUACUAUAGAAAUGAACUAUAUUAAAAUGAACAAAUGAUGCGCUCAAUGAGACUACGAAUUCGUUCAACGUUUUACAUAA